CCUCACCCCACCAUCCUGGGCAGGCCUGGACACCAGAUGGUACAGAGAUGGAUAGUAGUCCUCCUGUCCCACUGAAGUCGCAGAGCCAGACAUAGGCCUGCAGACUGGAACAGACUGACACCCAGGCUCAAACUGGACAGAUUCACUCCCAUACACACGCUCACUGCAGAAGCCCCAGGUGGUCCACGGGCUACAGCCACCAAGGAUGUUUGGGUGGUUUCUGGUGCUACUGGCUAGGACAUCACUGCUGGAGGCACCAGAAGGAGCAGAAGCCCCAACCCUCCAAGGGUUACAGUGCCAACUCCCAGCCGGCUGGGACCCCCAUCUUUCUAGAAUCCUCUUCCUGCUACUGCUCUUUGUGACCUCAGCCCAGGGGGUCACCCCAAAUCCGAAUCCUGAUGCCUGCCUGGUAUCCCAGUCAAGCAAUGGCAGCUCUGUCUCCUGCCACCCACCUGCCAAACUCCCCCACUCCCUCCCAGCUGACACCAUCUACCUGGCCAUGGAGUUCUUGAACCUGACUCAGCUGCCUGCCAACACCCUCCAGGAUGUCCCUAACCUGCAGGAACUGCACCUUUCCAGCAACCAGCUGGAGGACCUCUCUGCCAAGUUCUUGCUGCCUGUGCCUCAGCUAAAGGUGCUGGACCUAACCCGCAAUGCCCUGACCCGGCUGCCCACCGGCCUCUUCCAGGUCUCGGCUGCCCUCCACACCUUGGUGCUGAAGGAAAACCGGCUGAAAGGCCUGGAGGCCUCGUGGCUGCAUGGCCUGAAAGCCCUGGGGCAUCUGGACCUGUCGGGAAAUGAGCUCCAGAUGCUGCCCCCUGGGCUGCUGGCCAACUUCACCGACUUGCACACCCUUGACCUAGGCAAUAACCACCUGAAGACUUUGCCCCCUGAUCUUCUGAGGGGCCCCUUGAAGUUGGAACGGCUUCACCUGGAGGGCAAUAGAUUGCAGGUGCUUGGAGAGGAACUUCUGGAGCCCCAACCAAAACUGCGCUACCUUUUCCUGAGCGACAACAGGCUGGCCACAGUGGCAGCCGGUGCCUUCCGAGGUCUGCAGAGGCUGGACAUGCUGGACCUCUCCAACAACUUGCUGACCACUGUGCCCGAGGGGCUCUGGACAUCCUUGGGAAAGGCCGCCGGGAACAUGAAGGACGGUUUUGACAUCUCCGGUAACCCCUGGAUCUGCGACCGGAAACUGGACGACCUCUACCAGUGGCUUGUGGCCAAUGAAGACAAGAUGUUCUCCCGGAAUGACACACGCUGCGCUGGCCCUAGAGCCUUGAAGGGCCAGAUGCUCUUGGCAGUGGCCAGGUCCCCUUGAAGGGCUGAGGUGGGGGUGGGAAGACAAGGCUUGGCAGAACACUGCACCCCACUUAGCAAAUAAUCCCACCUUCUGAGGGUGAGACUGGGGCUUCCAAUUGUUGCCAGGACCUGUUUCGCCAACACUUCCCAAAACCCACCUGGGGCUUUUCCCUGCCUCUGCAAUUUGCUCAAGCUAUACCCUCUUCCAGAGGCACCAUUUCCCAGAUCUCUUGGUCUCUGGCUCCCUCAGCCUGCCCUGGCCAUCUGACUCUGUCCCCUAGUUUGAGGGGUUCUCUGAGUGCAGGGCCUGGGGCUGGGUUCCCCUUAACCUAGCAUUACUGCGUUUGGGGUCAGACCAGAAGAGGUUAAUAAAUAACUUGGAACGGAA